AUGGGCCAGAGGCAAGUUCCGAAUGUCACGGCUGCGCGCGCGCAGCUCCUGAAGCCAUCGGCUUUGCCUGUCAUCUACGGCCAUGUUCACCUGGCUGAGACAGGAGGUUCCUAUGUGAACAGGGCAUUGGCGUUGAAAUACGAGAGGGUCUGUGGUGUGUCUGGAUAUUCAUACGAUGCCUUCCGCACAAACUUGAAGUUUGAGAAGAACAGUUUGCAUGUUGACACCAUCGGGCGAUCAUUCCCAAAUCACAGCAGGUGGAUGGUUCCAGACCGAAUUCAGGAAGAGAUUGGCUAUGAGGAUUGUGAGUACCUGUCCAUGGACGUCCAGUGGCAGUGGUGGAAGAGGUUCACAUCCUGGCAAGUCCGAGUGGAGUUGCACGUGCCUUGCCGUGAGCCCGUUGAUCACCUGCUGUCACAGUGCAACUACAAAUCACGGAAAUUCAACUGCAAGGGGGAUUUGGAGGAGGAGAUUCGAAAGUGCUUGAACGGCACAAUCGAUCGCUUCGACCAUGCCCUGGUGCAAUCACAGCUCUUCCCCAAUUUCAACACAAGGUGCUUUAACGCUUCUCUGUCAAAAGAGUAUGUGGAGUACAUGGGGAAGAAGCUGCAGCCGAGGAGAUUCCAGGCCGACAUUGCGUAUCAGCCUUUGAAAGACAGCAAGACAGAGUGCUUGCUAAGCAACGAGACGGCUCGGCAGUUGGUUGAAGAACAGGUGGCAAAGCUCGACUACUUCAAGUUUUGCGAGGGGUGUUUGAACUCAGAGCAGAACUUGAUCCCCGUCACGCUCCCCGUGAUCUACGGCCACGUCCACAUGGCCAAGACUGGCGGAUCCUUCGUGAACGGGGCGUUGGCCCUGAACUACGAAAGGGUCUGUGGUGAAAAAGGCUACUCAUACGAUGCCUUCCAGGCCAACUGGCGCUACAGGAACAACAAGUCUCACGUUGACACCAUGGGCGAAGUUGAAAUUGGUUACAGCAGACAGAGGGUUCCAGCCAUCAUUCAGGAGGAGAUCGGCCAUGAGGACUGCGAUUAUGUGUCGUUGGAAGGCCAGUGGCAGUGGUGGAAGAAGUUCACAUCCUGGAAAGUCCGAGUGGAGUUGCACGUGCCUUGCCGUGAGCCCGUUGAUCACCUGCUGUCACAGUGCAACUACAAAUCACGGAUUUUCAACUGCAACGGGAAUUUGGAGGAGGAGAUUCGAAAUUGCUUGACCGGCCUAAGCGUCCGCUUUAACAAAGCCCUGGUGCAAUCUCAGCUCUUCCCGAAUUUCAACGCAAGGUGCUUUAACACUUCUCGGUCAAAAGAGUAUGUGGAGUACAUGGGGCAGAGGCUGCAGCCGAAGAGGUUCCAAUCCAAGUAUGCAUAUCGGCCUACAAACAAGCCCAGGAAGAAGCGCAGGGAGUGCUUACUCAGCAACACAACAGCCAGACUGCUGGUUGAAGCACAGCUUGCAAAAAUCGACUACUACGAUUUCUGCAGUGGUUGCUUGCGCUCAAAGCAGAACCUGCUCCUCUCCGUGUAA